GUCUCUUUGAUUGUCGCCCGUGGAUGAGGUGGUGGACCACCAGACAACUAGCAGUCAAACAGAGUCAUACAUGUGACAGAGUCACACUGACAAACACAGCGUUUUUAUUCUAUUGGUAUUUGUAUUUUUUUUUUUCUGGCCGUGGAAAGUUUUUGGAUUGAAUUUUUUUGUCUGAAUGUCAAACUUUAAGUUGUACACAUUUGAGGUUAAACUUCACUCUAGCAACGAGUUCAAAAUAUGAUUGUCUUUAUUGAACAGGAUAAACUUCACUCUAACCACGAGUUCCACAUAUGAUUGUCUUUGUUCCACUGCUGCCCACCACAAUGACUCCAAGCCCAAGCCUCGUGUCUUCCAUUGGUCUGUUACUUAACAUCCUACUGCUAGCUGUCAUCGAUGUUGUCUGUGGUACAACCACCACCACCACCACCACCUCCAAGCCCGCUGCUGCUGCUACUAAUAAUGACGACAAUUCCGGAAUGUUGAAAGGGAUGGCCGCUGGAUUCGGAGGAUUUUUCGGCCUCAUCUUCCUGAUUUGUGUAUUGUGGUGCUGCUGCUGUAACCAGGACGAGGCCAGCAGCCGAUGGUGCUGUAAGCAGAAAGACAAGAAGCCUGGCCAGCCUGCUGGACCGCAUCGCCCAGGAGACCGCGCCAGAGUAGCACCUUCCCCGCCUAACUCCGCCAGCACGUGGUCAAGGUCACGAUAAACUUCAAAU